CUUUUUUCUGAAAAAUCUCUCACACCUAAACAAAGGGGAAGGAAGGAAGGAAGGAAGGAAGGAAAAAGAAAAGGGCAAAUAAUAAUGAAAAACUGAUACGAUCUUAUUGUGGUUAUAUGAAUUGCGAUAUAAACUCGAAAUGAAAUCCACAGCCAAAACUUAUUAGCAACCAGAAAAAAGGAAAGAGAGCGGAGAGGGAAAGAGUGAAUUAGUGAGAAUCAUGUGAUUUACCACUCUUUGCCUUGCGACCCUCUUUCUCUUCUCUCUCUUUUCUUCUUGAAUCAAAAAGCCAUAGAUGAUUCUGUAAACACCGACUGAAAACCCAUUUUAUUUCUUUGUUUGAUUUUCUUGUGUUUGUGUAACAAUUUCCUUUUCUGAACAGUUUUAGAGUCUUGAGAGUUCUUCUUCCCAUCUGGGUUUUGUUUCUUUUUUUGUUCAAUGGCUUCUAGUGCUUCAAGGUUCAUCAAGUGCGUUACGGUUGGAGAUGGGGCUGUUGGGAAGACUUGCAUGCUCAUAUGCUAUACUAGUAACAAAUUCCCCACUGAUUACAUUCCCACUGUGUUUGACAACUUUAGUGCAAAUGUGGUGGUUGAAGGCACCACUGUCAAUUUAGGCCUUUGGGAUACAGCCGGUCAAGAAGAUUAUAAUAGGUUGAGACCAUUGAGUUACAGAGGGGCUGAUGUUUUCAUCCUUGCCUUUUCGUUAGUUAGCCGAGCGAGUUACGAAAACGUACUUAAGAAGUGGAUUCCGGAGCUUCAACAUUAUGCACCUGGAGUCCCGGUGGUGUUGGUUGGCACCAAAUUGGAUCUUCGAGAGGACAAAUUCUAUUUGGCCGAUCAUCCCGGAUUGGUUCCCGUAACCACUUUGCAGGGUGAGGAACUCCGUAAACAGAUCGGUGCCACAUAUUACGUCGAAUGCAGCUCAAAAACCCAGCAGAAUGUGAAAGCAGUUUUUGAUGCAGCAAUAAAGGUGGUUAUCAAGCCACCACAGAAACAAAAAGAAAAGAAAAGGCCACACCGUGGGUGUCUGCUAAAUGUGUUUUGUGGAAGGAACCUUACAAGGCAAAGUUGAGAGCAGCUUUUAUAUAACAAAACAACAGAGGGUUGUUUUGGGUAAAGUGAAAGCGAAGCUAGGAGAAAAUUCGCUUGUAAUAUUAGCACCUGUUUUCUUUUUCAAGUCUGAUUGUUAUUAGUUCUUUUAGUGGCUCCUUUGUAUACAAGUUAUUUCGGGAGAAGGAUAUGACAUAAACUCAUGGUUUCUCUUUCUCCAUUUGGCAUUUGGUGUACUGUAAAAUAAUAA